CUCUCGCACACAGUUUUUUUGUUUUUACACCCGCAUAUACACCAAUACCUACGAUGAGACCUAUUUUACUUCAAGGCCAUACUAGAGCUUUAACACAAAUUAAAUACAACAGAGAAGGUGAUUUACUCUUCUCAGUUUCUAAAGAUAAGGUCGCCAACGUAUGGUACUCUCAUAACGGUGAACGUCUUGGAACAUAUUCAGGUCACGUUGGUGCUAUUUGGACUAUCGAUGUUAAUGCUGAUUCCACAUUAGUCGCUACUGGUUCUGCUGACAAUUCAUGUAAGCUUUGGGAAGCUCAAACAGGCCGUUGUUUAAAGACCUGGGAAUUUAAGACAGCCGUCAAGCGUGUAGAAUUCAGUGAAGAUAGUAGCAUGGUGUUGUGUGUAACUGAAGAACGUAUGGGUUUCUCUGGUACUGUUACUGUUUAUCCUGUCAAUAAGGAUAUCAAUGGCACUCAAUCAGAUACACCUAUCGUUACCAUCAUCAACAAUGGUGGUGCCAAGGCCGUCGUUGCCGGUUGGACAAGUUUGGAUAAGUAUAUCAUCACCGGCCAUGAAGACGGUACGGUUUGUCAAUGGGAUUGGAAGAAGAAUGAAAAAGUGAAAUCAAUUCAUCCUCAUCAAGGCGUUUUGACCGACAUGCAAUUCAGCCCUGAUCGCACCUAUUUCAUCACUGCUUCAAAAGAUAAGAGCGCCAAGAUCAUUGACGCCUUCACUUUAAAAGAAAAGAAGACCUAUACUGCCGACACAUCUCUCAAUGCAGCCUCCAUCACACCCAAACUCCAGGAAUUUGUCAUCUUGGGCGGUGGUCAGGAAGCCAUGAGUGUCACUACCACCUCUGCUCGACAAGGUAAAUUCGAAAGCCGAUUCUAUCACAAGAUCUUGGAAGAAGAAGUUGGACGUGUCAGAGGUCAUUUCGGUCCUAUCAAUACAUUGGCUGUUCAUCCCGAUGGUACAAGUUACUCUAGUGGUGGUGAAGAUGGUUACGUUCGUGUCCAUCAUUUUGAUCCUGAUUAUUUCACUUUCAAGCUUGAAAUCUAAAAAACCAGCAAAAAAGAAAAACCAACCAAAAAAAGUAGUGUCAUACUUGUAUAAUCCCCAACCCACUUUUUCAUUAUUAUAUAAUAAAGCCGAUAAGAGAAGAGAGAGAGAGACAUAGACACACACACAUACACAUACACCAAUAAAAAAGAUGUUUUGUCCUCUCCUCAUCCUCCUUUCUGUAUAGAUGAUCAGACGAGACAGACACAUUGUCUUUUAAUAUCAAUAAAUUAAGGAUUCGAUGAUUCGAUGG